AUGACAGGAUACGAAGAGGGCGCAGCAUUUGAAACAUGUGGAAGAUGUGAUCAGCAACAGACUAUGAAUACUGUAGAGGAAACCCUGGAUCUCAUCAGGCUCAGUUUAGAAUCGUGAAUUUAUGUGAAGAUGAGAAACGACUGAGAGCUUCCAGGCAGAUUACAUGCUUAUGGUCAACGUUUAUAUAUGAUCCUGGGAAAUGUAGAAGAAUCUGUGACAACAAUAGAGAUUGAUGAAAAAACAUAUGAAGAGCUAUAUGAAUCAACAAAACAGAACAUCCCAGUGCUUUUCGUCUGGGGAGAUGUUGUUCUAGUUGCCCCUCCAUUGAGAGUUGGCUGA